CCCUUCCUUUAUAAGUGCAAACUGUAGGCAGAGAACAGGGGUCAACAGUGACAGUUUGUCACAGCAGCCAUAGAUAUAGCAUUCAAAUUCUUAAGCUUUUUCAGAUACACAGUAACACAAACCUACCUUACUUGUCAGCAGUGACCAACACACACUCUCUCUCUCUCUCUCUCUCUCUCUAAAUUCCCCAAAUCUAGCUAUAAAAUCAAAUGCUACACUAGAAGACCUCAUCACUGUUCCUAUUCCUAUUCCCAUUGAAUUGGCUGAUACAUCAUCAUCAUUCAUCAACUACCGCACCAAUUAACAGGUCGUCCAAUUAACACCACAUCAAGCCACUAACUUCUCUUCUCAUGAAUUGUUGUUUUAUUAUUCCACCAAUUGUCUCUUUAUAAUUUUAGUAAAAGGAACAAAAUCAAUUCCUCUUCACCCAACUGCCCAGGUCCCCUGUUUCUGUUCUGUUCUUCCUUAUUAAUAUCAUAUCACACCACAAACCCUGUUUCCUUCUGCAACAUUUCUCUGUCAUUACUACUGAUCAUGAGUAAAGCAAGUCCAAGUACCUUUAUUUAACCCACUCUUUCUCCUUCUACCUUGUGCUUUUCACCUUUUUCAGAUUCUUUUUCCCCCCUCAAUUCUGACCAAGGAAUUUAUAUCCCCUGCUUCCCCUGUCUGAGCUUUCUUGGGAGAAUCCCCUCCAAGAAAAACCGUGUCCUUUUGCUCCUAUUAAACCCCCCACAUCAAACUCAACCCAACCCAUUUUAGACCAAGCUUUUCUGCGUUGAUUUCACUCGCCAAAAAUGGAUGACUAUUGCAAGAGAAGUGGACAGAUACCAGCGUUUGGGAACUGGGAUUAUUCAAAUGAGAUGCCAAUCACUCAGUACUUUGAGAGUGCUAGACAAGCUGGUUUGGUUAAUCGUUACAGUUCCUCUUCUGGUGAAAGUGAUCCUUGCAACAACGUGCGUGUGGAUCACGACCUUUACUCUGUUGAUUUCAAGAAGAAACCUCUUAGGAACAUGCCACCAUCCACUCUCAGAAAGGGGAUGAGGAACAGAGAAAGGAGGUACCCGGUGAAGGAAGGUAUGAACAUGAGGAAGCAACAAGGGAAAGUGUGGGACGUGACUGAGCAUCCCAGGAAGCACCACGACAGCGUUCCGCCGCCGGCACCGCCAAGAGCUCCGAAGCCUGUUGAUGAAGAUCUCUAUAAGAUCCCUCCUGAGCUACUUCGCAGAACCAAGAGGAAGAAAAUGCUGGGUUUCAUUUCCAAGUGUCUGGUACCUGCUGCUUGCGUUUCAUGAACAGUGGUGUGUGUUGGAAUCUGAGGACAUUUAGUUUUUUGAGGAGCAGGGAAGGAAGGACAAGUGCCCAUGUGAUAUGUUUUUUGAUUUUCUGAGUAAUGCUGCUACUAGUGCUGGCUAUGUUUUUUGCUGGUUUUUUGGUGCACUGUCUCAGAUGCUAAAUUACCCUUUUUUUUAUGCUGAGAAAUGAAUGAAGGAAUGGAUGUAAUUUAUGGUUUUAUUGACUUUCUUCUCUCCUUCAUUGAUUAGAGUCGGUGCUUGCAUUUAUUGUAAAUUACUGAUUUUGAUGAUUUUCUGUUGGUAUUAUGCGGUGGACCUGUGUCA